AUGGAGGGGGCGUUACCUACUGGAAUUACAAAUAAAACGAUAGCGUCACCCACAACCACAGGGACGGCAGUGGCGGUCCCCACACCACCGGGUGCGGUGGGUGAGCCUAACAGUUUCAAUGUGGAUGAAUUGAUUCAGUAUGUUUUACAGGGAAAACCAUUGAGUGAGCCACAGGUGGCGAAGCUGUGCCAGAAAGGCAAGGAGGUUCUGGAGAAGGAGGGGAAUGUUCAUACCGUGCGUGCACCCGUGACCGUAUGUGGAGAUAUACAUGGUCAAUUUCAUGAUCUGCUGGAGCUGCUGAAGAUUGGUGGUCUCCCACCUGACACGAAUUAUUUAUUUAUGGGCGACUACGUUGACCGCGGUUACUACAGUGUGGAGACAGUCACAUUGUUGUUGCUUUUUAAAAUACGAUACCCGGAGCGGGUUCAGAUUCUUCGUGGUAACCAUGAAUCACGCCAGAUUACGCAGGUCUACGGCUUUUACGAUGAGUGUGUACGCAAAUAUGGCAGCGCCAAUGUGUGGAAGUUGCUAACCGAUCUUUUUGAUUACUUGCCGCUGGCGGCGGUAGUGGAAAACGAGAUCUUUUGCCUUCACGGCGGUCUUUCUCCCACGUUGGAUAGUCUGGCGCAUAUUCGUAGCUUAGAGCGCGUCCAGGAGGUUCCACACGAGGGGCCCAUGUGCGAUUUGUUGUGGUCGGAUCCUGAGGACCGUGAUGGGUGGGGCAUCAGUCCACGUGGGGCCGGCUUUACUUUUGGCGCCGACAUCUCCGAGCAGUUUUGUCACAACAACGGCCUCAAGAUGAUUGCACGGGCACAUCAGUUGGUGACGGACGGAUACAGCUGGGCACAUAAUGAUCGUCUCGUGACGAUAUUUAGCGCACCAAAUUACUGCUACCGUUGCGGUAACCUUGCCGGAUUGCUGGAGCUCGACGAGCACAUGAAUAAAUGUUUUUUUCAGUUUGAUCCCGCCCCGCGACGAGGUGAGGCGCAGGUGUCGAAGAAAACCCCUGACUACUUUCUCUGA